GGAGCGGUCACGCGCACCACCCUGACACUGACUGAGAUGAACGUCCGGCCCACAGUUCACACCCGCCAGCACGAACCGCUGCGAGUGCGCAGUAGCGCCAUGUUUGACCACUCGGCGCCAGAGCUGAAGGCGGUGGACCGUGCGGACGCGACGCGCCUCUUGCUGGCCGAAAUGCAGCGGCAGACCGCUGAGGACGUGCGGCGCGAGGUCCCUCGCCUCUUCACGCAGCUGGUGCAGACACUGCGCCAAGCGGACGCGGCCAGCCUCGCCCGCCUCCUGCGCGAACAGACGCAGCAGACGACGCGCAAGUACCUGAUGGACGCCCUGCCCAUGCUGGGCACUGCCGCCGCCCUGGUCGUCAUGAGGGACAUGGUGAUGCUCGGUCAAGUCGCUUCCGAGGAGACCGACCGCUGGAUGACGUCUCUUGCUUUUGUGCACGAGCCGCGGCUGGACAUGGUGGAGGCGGUGGCGCCGCUGCUGGCUGACGCUGGUGUCAGGACGCAGACGCUGCUGGGCGUCUCGGCCAUGCUGCACCGCUUCUGCCGCGCCGACGUUGACUGUGCCCAGCGGCCAGCUGUGAGGCAGGCCGUGAGCAGCAUCGAGCAGCUGCUUGGUGGCGACUGCGCGUCCGAAUCCAGGGAAGGCAGGACCAGGGUCCUGGCAGCGCUGAAGGCCCUGGGCAACGUUGGACUUCUGAUUCGCGGCGAGGGUGUCCUUCGCGCUUGCUUCGCGAGUAAGGACGACGUCGAAACUCGCCUCGAAGCCAUCAGGGCGUACCGGAGGAUGCCGUGUGCCGUGGUAAGCAACAGCGGGCUAGUGCACACCUUCGCCAACCAUUUGGAGAACAGCGAGGUUCGCAUCGCCGCCUACUUGGCUGUCACGCAAUGUGCUACCCACGAGGUUGUCGACAAGCUUAAUGGAAAUUCUAUCGAAGGAAACUGUCAACCAGGUUCUGUUGACGAAGAUGACGGCAUGUAUAGCAUUGCCACAUCCUUAAGCUCGCACGCUCUGACCGGAACUCUGAACGGGAUGUUCCGCCACGACGGCACGAGCCUCGUGCUGCAGACGGCGACAGAGUACAGCGUGCUAGAUGGUCCCACACGGACCAUCUCCCUCAACACGAAGCUGGACAAGGAAGCUCUCGGCGAACAGGCGUUGUACAAACUUACCGUGGAGACAAAGCGCGGCAGGCGGUUCGGCGAGAUUGCCUUUCAGGCGGCGCACAUGGACGUCGACUUCAAACUGGCCACCGAGCUAGACGUGAGCGGAACGAGCGAGUUCUCAGCCGGAACGCGGGCCAACUGA